GGGGCUUGUGCUGAGUGGCACGUGCCACAGCCCAGGUCAAUGUGCAGGGAUUGGGCCUGGGCCAGCCCGCUAUCAGUUGACGAGAUAAGCUCAAAGGCAGAAAAAAAAUCGGCCAGCAACAAUUGAACGGAACCCUGUGAGCGACCAGCUGUUGAUUGCGAUUACCUGCAUCACCAAUCGUCAACCCGCAAACACCGCAACCAUGGCCUCCGAUCCCACCAGCAAGAAGCGCAAGCUCAAGUCCGAGAAGACUUCGGUCACCAAGAAGGUCAAGAAAGCCAAGAGAGACCCGACCCCAGAGGAAAGCGAAGAUGCUGAGAUCGAGGAUGCCCCCGUUGCGCCCGAGUCUGUUGCCGACGAGGAAGUUGAGGCUGCUUCCACCAAAGACGACUCCGAGGACGAGGACGAUGACCAGAAUGGCAGCACCGACCUGGCACCCCCCAAGGCCGAUGCACCCCUGAUUGCCCCCGGGCUCGACACCAACGCGACCGACUUCGCCCAGCUCAACCUCUCCGAAAGGACGAUGAAGGCGAUCGAGGAGAUGGGUUUCACAAAGAUGACCGAGAUUCAGAGACGGGGCAUCCCGCCACUUCUCGCCGGCAAGGAUGUUCUGGGAGCGGCCAAGACAGGUUCCGGAAAGACUCUUGCUUUCUUGAUUCCCGCCAUUGAGAUGCUGCACUCGUUGCGCUUCAAGCCAAGAAACGGAACUGGUGUCAUUGUGGUGACCCCCACUCGCGAGCUGGCCCUGCAGAUCUUUGGUGUCGCGCGCGAGUUGAUGAAGCACCACUCUCAAACCUAUGGUGUGUGCAUUGGUGGCGCAAACCGCAGGGCUGAGGCCGACAAGCUCGGAAAGGGUGUCAAUCUGCUCAUUGCUACCCCCGGUAGACUGCUUGAUCAUCUCCAGAACACCCCCUUCGUCUUCAAGAACCUCAAGUCCCUGAUUAUUGACGAGGCCGACCGUAUUCUCGAGAUUGGUUUCGAGGAUGAAAUGCGCCAGAUUGUCAAGAUUCUCCCCAAGGAUGAGCGCCAGACUAUGCUCUUCUCCGCCACACAAACAACCAAGGUCGAGGAUCUUGCCAGGAUAUCUCUCCGGCCCGGACCCCUCUACAUCAACGUUGACGAGGAGAAGCAGUACAGCACAGUGGAGGGCGUCGACCAAGGCUACGUCAUUGUCGAUGCCGACAAGCGUUUCCUCCUCUUGUUCUCUUUCCUCAAGAAGAUGUCCAAGAAGAAGGUUAUCGUUUUCUUCUCGUCUUGCAACUCGGUUAAGUACUACAGCGAACUUUUGCAGUACAUUGACCUGCCAGUCCUUGAUCUCCACGGCAAGCAGAAACAGCAGAAGCGCACCAACACCUUCUUUGAGUUCUGCAACGCCACACAGGGUACCCUGAUCUGCACGGACGUUGCUGCUCGUGGUCUCGAUAUUCCCGCUGUUGACUGGAUCGUCCAGUUCGACCCUCCUGAUGAUCCUCGCGACUACAUUCACCGUGUCGGCCGUACAGCCCGUGGCAACAACACCAAGGGUCGGUCGCUCCUCUUCUUGCAGCCCUGCGAGCUUGGUUUUUUGGCCCAUCUCAAGGCUGCCAAGGUCCCCGUCGUCGAGUACGAUUUCCCCAAGAAUAAGAUCCUCAACGUGCAGUCUCAGCUGGAGAAGCUCAUUGGCAGCAACUACUACCUCAACCAGAGCGCCAAGGACGGUUACCGGUCGUAUCUCCAUGCUUAUGCCUCGCACAGUCUGCGCAGUGUAUUUGACAUCCACAAGUUGGAUCUCGUCAAGGUGGCCAAGAGCUUCGGUUUUGCUACGCCACCAAGGGUUGACAUUACUCUGUCAGCCAGCAUGAGCAGAGAUAAGAAGCCACAAGGGAGAAGGCCGUACGGCAGCCAACCUAAGCAGGAGCGGAGGUAA